AUGGCGCUGUCUCAAAGAUCUGUUAAAGCAUUGGAUCGCCUUCGCGCUUAUAAACCUCCACCGACGCAAUGGCAUAACUGCCCACUCACGCGACGCGCCGCCGUUCUUAUCCUGCUAUUCCCGGACCGUCAUGGUGAGCUCAAGGUGGUGCUCACGAUGCGGAGCGCACAGUUGAGGAACUAUGCUGGACAGGUGUCACUACCGGGAGGGAAAGCAGAUAGGCUCGACGAGUCGCCUUGGGACGUUGCGCGCCGCGAAGCCGACGAGGAAAUUGGAUUGCCCACGGACGAUGAGAAACUGCGCGGCUUCAGUGUAGAACAUCUCUGUGAAUUGCCUACCAAUCUAGCCAAGACUGAACUAGGUGUACGACCCUGUGUUGCGUUCCUAGGUCCAAAUAAGUCGUCCAUAUCUUCCUCUUCAGCGGACGCCAGUAACAACUCCAUCGAAGAAAAGCUGAUGCCUCGCCUUGACCCUAAAGAGGUGGCUGCUGUCUUCACAGCUCCGUUCCACAACUUCUUGCGCAAGGAAUGGGAAGGCGAAGGUCCACCACCUGUUCAAAAAGACGGAAGGCCAGAGAAGUGGUAUAGGGGAUCAUGGGUAGAUUGGCACGAAACGCGCUGGCGUAUGCACAACUUCUACAUGCCACGACCUCCACCAUCCCCCUCGCUCCUACGCAAACCUUCCAGCUCUACGUCACCCUCGACGCCGGGGCCAGAUGCGCUGGACAGUCUGACAACGUUCAGGAUCUGGGGAAUGACAGCGAGAAUAUUGAUCGAGGCCGCAAGAGUGGCGUACGGGGAGGAACCGGAAUUCGAACACAACGCUCAUUUUGGGGACGAGGAGAUGAUUGAGAAGUUAAUAAAGAUGGGGCGACUGAGCGAAAUAAGGAAACAGGGUGAAGUACUAACGAAAGAGGUGCUUAGAGAAGCUAGCAAGAUGUAGAUUACACAAAUACACGGUUAAGGGCCUUGCUGGAUCUACACACCAAAUCCGAAACCGAUGUUUCUCGGGCGAAUCUACGAAAGCCUAUAAGUAGGAGGGUGCUAAUCAAUGUGAUGGGAUGACGACGAACGACAAGUCGCCGCACAGUCUUGGCUUAACAAUGUAAUCUACUUGGAUACGCAGUAAAUGGUCUAAAGAGAGGUAGUAUUAACCAAUGCUACGCUUC